CGCCUGCCCUUCCGGCGGCCGGGCGCCUGCGCGCCGCGACACCAUGGCCACGCCGGCCAAGCGGCGGGCCCGGGCCCAGGCACAGCCCCAGCCCCAGGCCCAGGCCCCGGCCCCCGCCGGGGAGAGCGCCUCGGAGCCGGAGUCGGGCGAGUCGGACUCGGAGUCGGGCUCGGAGGAGCUCGGUGAGGAAGUGAAUAUUGAAUUUGAAGCACAUUCCAUAUCAGACAAUGACUGUAACGGGAUAAAGAAAUUACUACAACAGUUGUUUCUAAAAGCUCCUGUUAACACUGCUGAAUUAACUGAUAUAUUAAUACAACAGAAUCAUAUUGGAAGUGUUAUCAAGCAAGCAGAAGUCCAAGAAGACAGUAGUGAUGAUGACGAAGAUGAUGAUGAAGUCUUUGGUUUUAUAAGCUGCUUAAACUUAACAGAAAGAAAGGGUACACAGUCUGCUGAACAAAUCAAAGAGCUGAUUCUGAGUCGGUGUGAGAAGAGCUGCGAACAGCAUGUAGUUGAACAACUGAAUAAGCUUCUAAAUGACAGUACUAAGCCUGUGGGUCUUAUACUAAGUGAAAGAUUCAUUAAUGUACCACCGCAGAUUGCUCUGCCCAUGCACCAGCAGCUUCAGAAAGAGUUGACAGAGGCAGAGAGAACAAACAAACCUUGUGGAAAGUGCCACUACUACCUCCUUGUCAGCAAGACCUUUACAGAAGCCACGAAGAGUAAUUCUAAGAGGAAGGAAGGAAGAAAUCAGCAAAAGGAGGAAUUAAUGUUUGCAAAUGCAGAGGAAGAAUUCUUUUAUGAGAAAGCCCUUCUGAAGUUCAACUACUCCGUGCAAGAGGAAAGUGACACCUGUUUGGGUGGCAGAUGGUCCUUUGAUGAUGUACCAAUGAAACCUUUACGGACUGUUAUGAUAGUUCCAGCUGAUGGAAUUAAUGCAAUUAUGGAUAAACUCAAAGACUAUCUCUCACUCUGAACGUUCCUGUAAAUGCUGGUUUUUUAUCAAGCAGCCAUGCAGAACUAUGACUUCACAAUAUUUUUAGAGGACUGCUAUUGAGUUAAUGAUUUUGUACUGCUCAAAUGAUUCCUCUCUACACUUACAAGACAAAUAGGUGGUACAACUAAAAAUAUCCAUCAAAUUAAUAUUUUUAAAUACUGUAUCUUUCUGUACUUUGGUAUCAUCAUUAAGCAGUCAAUAAAAACCUGAUGUUCGAAGAAAACUUGGAGAUCUGCUCAGUAUGUUUUUAACCAAAACUAGGUUGUGUGGUUUUGCUACAAAAUAAUGCAUGCAACUCCUUUUGUUAAGAAAAGUGCUUUUUCUGAGUUUCUUCUGUUAAAUAGGUUUAUGUUGCAAGUUCUAAAUAAUUACAUGGGUUAAGAUGAGGAUGUAUAUUGCAUAUAAUGCUUUUAUUUCUAUGAUAGUUCAGUCUAAAAUCACUGAAUAAUACAUCUGUGUUCAGUGGGAGUUUGGAGAGAUUUUUCAUUUUCUUUGUUGUCGUCAUUAGUUUUCUGUUCCUCCUUCAUGGCUGAAACAGGUGACAAGUGUUUGAUCACUUCCUGCAGAAUAUCCUUACUUUCACUAGGUGGAAGAUUGCUAAAAUAAUACUGAGGUACCAGCUCCAUGAAUCUGGUGAGAAAAUAAGACAAAUACAUUAUCAUUUUUUUAAUUGAAUUUUGAAAUGCUUGAAUAGCUAUUUCCAGGCUUGUACAGAAGACAUCAGCCACAUGCUGAUGCAUACAGCUACAAAGUUGGUAUUUCAACCGAAAACCAAAACUCUCUGCAAGAUGUCGUAGUAGUUUGUGCCUUCAGUAGUCUUGCGCUUAAGGUACUCGGUCUGUAAUUCAGGGGAUUGUAGUUCAAUUCUCAAUGCCACCGAUUGCAUUAGCAAUUCUUCAGGUUCAAUAGAAUUAUGAAAAAGGCUUUCUUAUAAAGAUUGGAAAUAGAAAAGAUAGGACAGUGAAAUGUAUACUCUUGGUGUAAAGAGAUUGCUGCAGAAGGAAGACUGUAGUCUUUUGUGGAAUCCAUAAACAGUUGCCUUGGAAUGAUUUAGCUGGCAGGGUACAUAAAACAUUUGAAGAAAAAGAUGUACUGGAAAAUAGGUUUUCAGGGAACAAAGAAAUUUUCAUCUAAAUUUAAUGUAUGGGUACACUGCUGCAUUAAUUCUUCCUUGACCGACCCGCCCCCCCCCCCCCGUAUAUUUUACUUUUUAAGAAACUUAAGCAACUUACAGGGUGUGUUUUCAAUGGAUGAAUUUGUUACAAUUACAUGGCAGACAUUGAGACUGACUUCAGUCCCUGAGCAGAUCAGCACACAUUAGGAACUACAAAAGCCUGACUUUCGAUGUUUUGUUUUGCAGGAAGAGAGUAGUAAGGGCGUGAGAUCACAGUUCUUCCCUUUUUUUAAUAAUUCUGAGCUGUAACACAGUGAGUGUUCUCAAUGAAAAUUAAGCAAAGCUAAACACAGUGACAGAAGAAUACUGGCAAGAAAGAAAAUCUAUGCCACGUGUUUUCACUAUAUAAAAAGUGUGAAAAGCAACAAUUUCUUCCCCCUUCAGUGAUGCCAACUCUUGCUUGACUAGGUAUGAAGAUUGACCUUUCCUUUUAUGCCUAUUUUACUGGUUAUUUUUUUUCAAACCCACAUCUGUGCCUAGAGUGAGUGAGUUGUGUUUGGAAUGUAUUCUCAACAGAACCAGAAGACAGCUAUUUUUUAUGACAGAGAUAAAAUCAACUCUGGUCAUCUUUUCCUUCUCCAGGCAUUGCUGCAAAUGUACAUACAUAUCCUUACCCUCUUUGUGACUUAAUACUUUUGUGAUAGAGGUGUGAGUGAUGAAACAGUUUCAUUGUUGUUAACUUACAGAUCGGGUGAUAUCUCUGAUACAACUCUGAUGGAAUUGUUUUCUGAUAUACUAAAUUCAUGGAAUAAAACCCACUCAGGAAUC